AUGGGCAUAAAUGUCCUGAAAAUGAUGAUGGGAGGUAGCAUAACCACAGGUAUGAGACCUAGCAUGCCCAUUAUGGGAUUAAGAUUCAAGCACGAGUUUGCCCCAAGAUUCAAAAGAAUAAAGAAAGGUAUGAAAGGUAGAGUUAGUGUUAGAACUGGUGGAUCAUUGAAGGGAACUAAAUUAGAAUUUGGAAACUACGGGAUCAGAUUGAAAUCCAAUGGGAUCAGAAUGACUGCCACACAAUUAAAAGAAGCUAAAGCAGUUGUUGAAAGAGGUAUCAGAGGUACUGGAGCUAGUGUAGUUACUAGAUUUGUAUGUAAUAUUGCCGUUUGUGUUAAAGGUAAUCAAACAAGAAUGGGUAAAGGUAAAGGAGCAUUCUCCCAUUGGGCCACAAGAGUACGUACUGGUAAGGUAUUAUUCGAAAUCAAAGGAAAUGUCCAUGAAAAAAUCGCCAAAGAAAGUUUAAGAAAAGCCAUAGCCAAAUUGCCUGGAGUAUGUGAAAUUAUGACCAAACAAUCAUUAUUAAGAGUAACACCAACGACUUUAAUCCCAGAACCACCUAAGAAGGAUUUUAACGAAGAAUUAAAACUUAACCCAUCAUCUAAAUGGUCUAAUGUUUUAACUUCAAAACAAGACAUGUACAGAUUAUAUAGAGGUAGAUAA